AUGACACGUUUACAGCUCUGCAGACGGGACUCAAGUCUACCGGAAAGUGUCUCCGGGUUGGCAGUCAAUAAAAAAUACAUUGUAACAGUGAGAAACAGCGGAGUGGUCGAAAUAUUCAGCAAUCCCUAUCUGUUCAAGAUAAGCAGCCUUGAUACUGGGAUGAGAGAUGUGCACUCGGCUGAGUUUGAUGGAGAUACGUUGGUUAUUAACUCCCUGUCAGAGGGGAUACUGUAUUUGGACAUGGCAACAUUCACCAUUAGGAAAGACAGAGCAGAAGGCGCGUGGAAAGUCUACUUCAAGAACGGAAAAAAGAUGGUCAUUUACAGCCUGGUUGAAGGGGGCUCAGAGCUCCAUGUAAAUGGCGCGCUGGUAUACAGGAGCAUGGGGUACAUUCUAACUGCGUGUUUUGGAAACGAAGAAAAUUCUUUUUUAGUGGGAACACACACAGGGAGAUUCCUCCACAUUAAAGACGGGAAAGUAGCAUUCGACAUACCGCUGAGCUCUGGGAGCAGAAAUGAUCCGCUGACAGGAAUAGCCUCAGUGGUGGGGUCAGAGUACGCAGUGACCACAAUGGGCGGUGAUCUGCACAUUAUCGACAUAGAUGCAAAGGAAAUCAAACAGAUGAUCCAGGUAAGAAACAGCUCUAUCAAUGGAGUUUGCACAAUUGGGAACAAAAUACUGAUGAUCGGCGCAGACCCAAGGGUAAUAUGCUACUCGAAGACAGCAAGGUACUACGCAAAAGAGUUCCAGCACGACUUCCACAAGGCGGACGGUCUUUUCAUCAAGGAGUGCGACGGGAACAUCAUCACAGUCUCAGAAGAUCGAACUAUCAACAUUUGCAUUAUUCCCAAAAUAGACAGGCCCAUAUCCAUAAAAAGAUACCAGGAUUUACCGUGCUCAUACUCCAAUGGAAAGAUGUAUUCUGUCACAGAGAAUGAAAUGCGCAUCUACGACGUGUCCAAGGACAAAGAGAACUCCGUGCUCAUCUUCAAGCACAUCACUAAGAGCCCCAUACUGGGCGUAGAGGCAGUUGGUGACAGCUGUGUGAUAAGAACAAAGGAGGGCAUCCGCGUGUAUGAGUACAACUGGAGCAAUAGCACAGUGGCAAUUAAGAAGCAGAUUAAAGGCCUUGUGCUGUACCAUACGGUGAUAGAUGGAAGAGUGUGGUAUGUUAUUUCAAAGAAGAAGUUGGUGCUGGCUGUGUCAAGUAUAGAGAAUGACGGAAAGACAGAUGCAGAGUGGGCCCUGGAUGCGCUUGGUGUAGACUACAUCCCGUCCCACAUAAGCAGAGGCACCGGUGAGAACAGCGUGCUUAUUUCUGGCUCUGAUGUCGUUCUUUUUGAUUUUGAGAAAAACGUGCACAGAAAAAUAUCUGACAAGAACAUUGUCUAUUUGAUGGCAGUUGCAGCUGGCGAAAGAAUACACUGUGCAGGGCAGCACAACACCACAGAGAUAAAAGAUAGAUCAGUGCUGUCUGUAUACUCGGGAGAUGGAGAGAAGAUAGAGGAUAGAGAGCUGUCGUUUAGAAGGCCCCUGAUUGACAUGCAGGAGUGCGAGGGAUCGGUAUUCCCUGUGAUGCAGCGCGGGCUGAAGGUGAUAAGGCCUGACAACUCAGAGAAGAAUGAUGUGGUUCUUGGCCCGGUAGUGGACGGAGUGAAAGUAAGCAAAAACGGAAUCAAAGUCAUACAGAGGCCAUGGGUAAAUGCAUCGCAGAAGCUUCCUCUGCAGGUACUAAAGGAGAAGUAUGGAAGAAAAUAG